AUUUUUCUUCCUUCUUCGUUUCUUGUUGUCAUCCAUUCUUUCUUCUGAAUCUUACUCCAAGCACUGUUUUUAUUCCCUCUCUUCAACAACUGAGAAGAGAAAGCAAAAAAAUUUAAAAAAAAGAAGAAGAAUGGCACACUCAAUAAUGAGAAAUUCCAUAAAAUCAAUAAACCCUAAAUUUCUCACGUCACUCUCAGUUCACCCAAUUGGCCGGCGCUUCGCCUCCGUCGCCGCCGCCGACGAGGAGGUGCAACCGCAAUCGUCGUCGUUCACGUUCUCGUCGGACGGAAGAGACGUGCACCUGAAGGUACCGGGGGCAAGGUGGAAGUCGCCGUCGUCGGUGACGAUGCCGAUGUCGUUCAUGACGGGGUCGAUCGUGGGGAAGCGGUUCUACAAGGAAGUGAAGACGAGAGAGAGUGAAGACGGGAACGGGUGGACGGUGAUGCUUGAUUACAGAACCCUCAAAACCCCUUCCAAGAGGCCUCUGAAACUUCCCACUCCUGCUCUUGCUAAGGCUAUUGCUGCUGAAUGGGAAUAUCAAGUAUCGGAUGGCAUAAGACCCUUCACAAUGCCUCUUAUGAGACUUGCUUGCACUGCCUUGGAAAGAGUUCCACUCACAAGGUCCAAAAUUAUUGAGAAUUUGAUGAAGAAAUUUAAUCAAGAUUUAGUAUUUUGUCGUGCUCCCGAUGACAAUGACCUGACAAGCUAUGUCCAUGAUCGCCAAGUGGAGAAAAUUGAUCCUCUGCUCUGCUGGGUGGAGUCAGAAUUUGGCUUUAAACCCGUUGUAUACUCCAGCUUUUUUGGUGGAAAGCAGGAAGAUGGUCUUGUAAUGGCUAUAGAGAACCUUCUAAAGAAAACAGAUGACUGCGAAUUGGCAGCAAUUGAUGCUAUUGCAGCAUCAGCACACUCAUUAAUUAUUGCUAUUGGUACGGUGUGUGGGAAAUUGCAAAUUGAGGAAGCAAUUGAGCUUACUAGACUUGAAGAAGAUUUACAGGUGGACAAGUGGGGCCUCGUUGAAGGUGGCCAUGAUGUGGAUAUCGCUGAUCUUAGGGUCCAGAUUUCAUCAGCUGUUGUAUUUCUUGGUUUGUCAAGAAGUAUAUAGUUUGUAACAUCCUGUCCUGUUUAAGUUAUCAUCCUAAGAACCAGCUAUCAGGCUAGAAUAGGAAAUCAGGUGGUCUAUGUAAUAUCCAGAACUUUCUAGAUGCACUAUAUAGGGUACACGUAAUCCUGUUUUGUAGGUGGAUUUUAUUCUGAUUACAGUUUUGUCGAUGAGUUGAAAUAAUGUAAACAAGAGUGUACUAUGGCCUGAUUUUUCCCGGAAUAACAGGUAAAAUUCAUUGUAAAAGUGUUUUUCAAAGACACUUGUCUGGUGGUUGAAUGAGAAUAAAAUUCUUUGACUUCCUUCUUCAUA